AUGUCCCACCAUUUCGCGACCCGUGACGAGGUAGAAGGCCUAACCAUGUCCACCUUGCCCUUCUUCCACGGCUACGGUCUCCUCGCGCCUAGCGACUCCCUCAGCAUCGGCAAGCCCUUCUGCAUCCCCCCAGCCUCUAGCCCCCCAACCGGCGCCUCAACUCUCGCACUCAGGCAGUCCACCAACGCGAAAGUCCUCAUGACCGUUCCCUCUAUCCUCGAAGAGAUGUCCACGCUCCCAGACGACGGCGGCAUCCGCGUCCUCAGCAAACUACACUACGUCGCUUGCGGCGGCGGGCCUCUGAAGCCAUCCACGACCAAGCGACUCGUAGAUGCGGGCGUCAGGACCGUAAACGCAUACGGGACCACGGAGGCUGGGAGCGUCAACGCCAUGUUCAUCCCCAGCCCGGAAGCCGCGAAAUCGCCAGAGUAUUUCCGGAUACGAGACGACAUCGAUGUCACGUUUGCGAGGACUACGCUGCCGAACGGCGAACAGCGGGUUAAGCUGUCGAUUCUCCCGCCUGUGUGGACGGAGCGGUUUGAGGUGCAGGAUGAGUUUGUUUGUAAUCCGAGAUGUCCGGAGAGGGAGUUUAAGCCUCUGGGCAGGAUCGACAAUGUGAUUGUGCUGCUGAAUGGGGAGAUGGUCAUGCCUGGGAUUCUGGAGGCGGUGUUGAGUGAGCGGAAGGAUGUGGCUGCUGCGAUAGUGGUUGGGGAGGGGAGGGAUGAGGUGGCGGUGCUUGUUGAGCCUGCGUCGGCUCUGCUUCCAGAGGAGAUUGAGGAGCUUAAGAAAGCGUUGUGGCCGACGAUGGUGCGAGCUGGCGAGCGGAUGGAUGGGCAUGCAAGAGUUACGUCAAUUGAGAUACUGCCGCCAGGGAAAACGUUUCCGAGGUCGGAUAAAGGCGCUGUAGUACGACAGGAGACAUAUCAAGCAUUUGAGGAAGAGAUUGGGCUGAUUUACGAAAGGCUGAAAGGUCAAAAUGUGGACGUUGAUAUUGAUCUCAACGACGGUAUAUCAUUUGAAGAGAACAUCAGCCGCUUGAUCCAAGACCAGGGACUGGAGAUCGCAGCGAAACGCAUACCAGCAGAUCUCAUCUAUUCGAAUCCCUCAAUAUCAAAAAUUGCUCGACACCUACGAGUCGGGAAUUACACAACUCUCCCCCAUGAGAACCGAGAAGCCACAGUCCAAGCAUUGAUCGACAAGUACUCGAACCCAUCUAGGCACCCACCUCCUCUCCCAGUUCUCCGCCGCGUAAUCUGCAUCAACCGACGCAGCACCGAAGACCCUCUCGAGCGCCAGAAACGCAGUCUCCACGACAAGAAGAUCCGGCUUCCACCAACCGCGUGGCGCAAAAUCGAAGUUCUGGAAACAAACACCGCAGCGCCUGGUCUCGGCCUCGCCGCAAAAGUGUACGAGCGUCUCAGCAACGAGGUCACGUAUGUAGUGCAUAAUGCGUGGCCGAUGGACUUCAAGCGCAGAGUUGGCUCGUUUGAGGCUUGCGCCUCAAAGACGUUGCGCAAUUCGAAGUUUGUCUUCGUGUCAUUAAUUGCGGUUGUGGGGCAUUACUCUGCACAUCAUGAUGACAACGGUCCCGUCGUUCCAGAGGUUCCAAUGCCGAAUGUUGCAUGUGCGCUGGAGACUGGGUAUGCUGAGGGCAAGUUCGUUUGUGAGAAAAUCAUCGAGAGGGUAGCAGAGCGUCGGGCGGGCCUUUUCGAUGCGGCGAUUGUGCGGAUGGGACAGAAGACUGGCGAUCGAGAGCAUGGCAUGUGGAAUAAAGAAGAACAUUUCCCGGCUUUGACGGCAUCAUGGCUCCCCAUCGAUCUCGCGGCAGAAAGUCUUGCGUCUCUUGCACUCACUGAUUCCGCCCAGCCUGGAAAAAAGCAGCUCGUAUACCACCAUAUCGAGAACCCGAUCCGCCAGCCGUGGACAGAAAUUUUGAAGUCGAUAUCGGACCACCUCGGUCUCUCGUCUGCCCUCAUUCCGCUUCAAGAUUGGCACGAACGGGUCCAGAAGGUCCCAGAUGACGAUGGGCAGAACCCGGCGAAGAGACUAGGGGAUUUCUUCUCAGCCGAUUUUCCACGGAUGUCAGGAGGCGGAGUUAUAUUAGACGCGAGUUGUACAAAAGAGGCAGUGCCGGCGUUUAAUGAGAUAGGUGGAGUUUAA